AUGUAUCUGGCCGACGCCUCGGAUGCCACUCCCUGCAAGGCUUUCUCGACGACCUUGACGAAAGCAGCGGUGAAGUGGUUCGACAAUCUCCCCCGGAGGUCGGUCACCAGCUUCGACGACCUCUCGCGAAAGUUCCUUAUGCGAUUCUCCAUCCAGAAGGACAAAGUAAAACACGCACCAAGCCUUCUGGGAGUAAAACAGGAGGUUGGAGAACCUUUGAGGGACUACAUGGAGAGGUUCAAAGCGUGCUUGGAGGUUCAAGACCUACCCACGAAAGCAGUGAUUAUGAUCCUAGUAAAUGGACUUCGAGAAGGUCCCUUCUCCCAGUCCAUCUCGAAAAGGCAUCCGACCUCCCUAAGUGAUGUACAGGAGAGAGCUGAGAAGUACAUCAACAUGGAGAAAAAUGCCAGACUUCGAGAGCCGAGCUGGCGACCUGGGCACUCUCACUCAUCAAAAGAGAAGGAAAGAGAGCCCAAGAAAAAAGAGGAAGUCGGCCCUGAAAGGCCUAGGAGAUAUCACUCCUAUACUCCUCUAUGA